AUUUUUAUGUAAUGUCACUUUGUUGUCGUUUGUUACAAGCAAGUUUGUUACGGGCUAGAAACCAAAAAACCAAAGAACCAACAACUCUACAAUCCGUGCGCUGUGAUGUGAUAAUUAAUUGUAAAGAAUUAUGAAUUGUCAUCAGAUAUUGAGCGGCGCCUGCAAUGCAGGUGACCGGUGCUUCGCCAUUGGCUCCGUGGAAGGCAUACCAUUUACAGCCUACGCCGCCGGCUGCAAUGUGGUGAUCCUGGCAAGCACCUUCGAGCGUGUCCAAAUCAUACCGGGCGCCAGUCAUGGCUACGUGAAGAUAUCCGCCCUUGACUGCAGCACCGAUACGGGAAAAAUAGCGGCCGCCUAUGAGAAUAAGAUAUGCAUUUUUGAGCCCACGCCGGUGAUUGAGUCCAGCAAGCAUAAUACCCAUUUCCUAGACUACAGAUGGGUGCAAACGGGCUCCUUUACCAGCCAUUCGAGUGUGGUGACCCUCUCGUGGAAUCUGGAGGGUACACGCCUACUCACCGGCGGCACCAACAUACAGCUCUGGAAGAGCAAAUCGCCCACACACCAGCAGGAGGAGGAGCAUACGGGUGUAAAAUUCGAAAUUGGCGAGAGCAAAGAGGUGAAGCAAUCGAAUCAGGGCGAUGAUGUGUCAACGUGGGAGAACAUUUGGUCCUGCCAGACGGCCAUUCCCAUUUACCAUAUGGCAUUUAGUCCCGAUGGCACACUGUUUGCCACCUGCGGCCGCAACGAUCGUUUGGUCAAGAUCUGGUAUGAGAACAAGCAGGUGCUGUUCCCCGCCAAAGGCACGACCCGUCACACGGAUGACUUGAGCAGCAGCACCAGCGGAGGAGGAGGAGGGUCGGGCAUGGGAGCUGCUUCAGGUGGCGUUAGCACGGCCAUUGGAGAGCUGAAUUUCACGUACGUUUACAUUGCCCAUCCGCGUGCCGUUUCGAACAUUGUAUGGCGCAAGACGAGCAAGUAUAUGCCCAAGGGAUCGGUGGCCAAUAUGCUGGUAACCUCCUGCCUGGACAACAUCUGUCGCAUCUGGAUCGAGACGGUGCUGCCCGACGACGGGAUGGUCAACAUGACGCAGUUCGAUCCGCAGAAUUCGCAAAAUCCCAAAUUUCGUACUCACCGGCACAAGCAUCGGUUCAUGCAGCGUCUGAAGCACAUGAAGACUUGCUUUCACAUCAGGCGGCACAUGAAGGCGGGCGCUCAUGCCGCACCGGGCGGACCUGGUGGCAUUUUGCCACCGGCCCAUAUGGGUGCUGGAGCAAUGGGCGGUGCGAUGGGCUCGUCGCCGGCGAGCUUUAGCAAUUAUCUGGGUCCAAUACCAUCGCUGCCGUCGUCGUGCAGCGUCCAUGACUUCCAUUCGUAUGGGUUUCAUGGAUCGGGCGUAACGCCCGGCAUGCACUUCCAUUUGGCGGCUUCCAUCAAUGCGGAGACGGACAUACCGCUGGUGCCAUCGAUGCAGACCUCAGACCCAGCCAAUCAGAACGUCUUCAUUCUGCACUGGCUGAACAACAAGGAGAUGCAUUUCACACUCCAGGCGGAGGCCAUACUCCAGGAGCUAACCAAAAAGGUGAUCGAUGAGGAGAACGGGCUCGGGCAUCAUGGCCAUCACGGACACGGCCAUCACGGACACCACGGUCACUCCGGAGGCGGCGGAGUGGAUCUGCCGGACGAUGCAGCACCCGGCGGUGGCACGCAUGCGCACAAGAAAUAUCUACGCUCGUCCAAGUCCGUCUCGGUGGACGAUAGCGGCGAGGAGUACAGCAAGUAUUCGCAGCAUACAACCGGCACUGGAGCGGGUCUCCAUCUGAACUCCAUGUCCAACACAACGUCACAGAACUCGCUGAACAACGAGCAUCACAAUCAGCAGCAGCAUCCCAUCACACAGCUGGUGGACUCGCUGGACAACAAGAUUGAAUGUCUGCUGCGGGACUGGCACCAGAGUCCCGAUCUCCUGUUUGCCAUUCAUCCCGUGGAUGGGAGCUAUUUGAUCUGGGUGAUCGAGUGGCUGGAUGACUACUAUCCGGGCUCGUUUCGGCAGGCGCAGGUAUCCUUUUCGACGCGCAUUCCAUCGGCCUUUCCCCUGGGCGAUGCCAUGUCCAUGUCCACCACGGUGAGCCUCUUCAACACGGGCACACAUCCGCUGGCCUUUCGGGACAUUGCCAACAAUGUGAGGAGCAAGGAUGAGUUCCACAAGAGCGGCCAGGCGGAUGAUUCGUCGCUGAAGAGCGCCGACCAGCAUGCGUUCGAGAAGCACGACGAGGAGCAGGAGGACAACAACAAUGAGGACGGUGGCGAGGAUCCCGAUGCAGACGAUAGUGCAGCGGCCAGUGCUGGUAUGGCGAGCAGCUCGCAGGAUUCAGCAGGGGCCAGUGGCAAUGGUGUGACCAGUGCCCUGCCCCUGAAUGUCUCGCCAUCCGUGUCGAUGGUCACGAAACACUCGAACGGCACCCUCAACCUCUGGCAGCUGACGUUCGCCUUCAAGACAAAGUUCACCCAAGUAUUAAGCAUUGGCCAUGUGAGCCGUGCCUCUGGUCAUCGUUUCCGUGUGAAUGACAUCACCUGUCACCCUGUGUUGCCGCUUCUCGUCUCCACAUCGCAUCACAAUCUACCCGACACGGAGGCCAAGUCCCCAAUGUCGCCCUUCGAGCAGCCCCUCAGUGGCGGCGGCCUCACUAUGGGCUCCGCCGCCAGCGGCGGUGCAAGUCCGGCUGGAUCCACAGGAUCGAAUGGCAAUGGCAACGACAAGGAUGUCUUCACGCCCACAGGCUUCUGUUCGGAAUUGAUUCUGUGGCGCGUGGACUCGGUGGGGCCGCUGUGCCAUUCGGGCGGCGUCAGUGAACUGGCGCGCAUCAACUCGCCGGAGAUAUCGGCCUUCAGCAAUGUGGCCUGGAUACCCACGCUCCUGCCGAGCACCACACUGGGCAGCUACAGCAAUUCCCCGAGCGCGUGCUUUGUGGCCAGCGACGGUGAGAAUUUGCGCGUUUAUCAGGCUGUGAUUGAUGCACGAACACUGCUGGCGGAGAUCUCCUGUUCGGAGAAUCUGAACACGCUGCACAAGUCACACUCGCUGUCGUCGAUGAUCUCAAAUGCCUCAUCCACCAUGAAGGCCCAGCGGUCGGCGCUGCACGACAAGCUGAAGGUCGUCUCGCAGCAGUCAACGGCGCGUCCGGGCUGCAUUCUACAGCUGGAUGCCAUCUCGGAUGCCAAGCACGACUGGCAGAACACACAGUUUCUGCACGUGUUCCAGGCACAGCUGAUAACUGGGGGACAGCGGGUUAGCAGCUCAGCGCCCAUGGAUGCCCAUGAUCUGGAGGAGCCGCGCUACAAUCCCUUCCUCGAGUCGGACAUGGAUGCCAUUGUGGAUCUGCAGCGUAAUGCCGACUUCGAGGAGCCCUUCUACAUUGUGAACAUCGAGAAGACGCUGCGCGGCAGCACCAUCCACAUGUGGCGCAUUGUCAUUAGCUCCAAACAGCAGAAUUCCUUCCUCUCCGAGACGGCCAUGUAUGUGCCGGACAGCAACCUCACGCAGGAGGAGCCGGAGGAUAAUCCCAAUACGAAUGCGAACCCCAAUCCACGACGCAUGUCGCAGGGCGCAGAGACGCUGACCGGUGCGGAGCACUUUGGUUCGCAUGUGGAGGCGCCGCACAUCUCCAUCACGACGAAGAAGGUGUGCACCCAGGAGCUGCCGCUGCCCGAGGGCGUGGACGUGAUACAUGCCUCACCGGCGGCGGGACAUCUGAGCAGCUCCAGCAUUUAUCCGGCCUGCUUUGCACCCUACAUCAUUGUGACGGCCUGCUCGGACUCGGUGUCGCGCUUCUGGAAGUGCGAGCCCAUCGACAAUGCGCCCACAGAUGGCAACGGGAAUGGCGAUGCCUACCACUGGUCCGAGUGGAAGAUGUUCAGCCGCAUCCAGCAGUCGGCCAUCGAGAUACCGGGCCAGCCGCUGAACAUAAGCGCCGCCUACAGCGGUCGCAUUGCCUGUGCCUACAAGUACGGCAAGAGCUUCACGCGACCCAACAAGGGGGAUCCCGACUCGCGGUAUGUCAAUCUCUGUGUGGCCAUCUACGAGUGCGAGAGCUCGGGCGGCAGCGAGUGGGUGCUGGAGGAUACCAUACACCUGAAGAAUGUCCACCUGCCGAGGAUCAACAUUGGCCAUGGCAUCGAUCUGAGCUACCUGCACGACAGCCGUCUGCUGGCCAAGAAGCAGCGCCUCAAUCAGGUGCUGCACACGUUCCAGGCCCACGAUGACAGUCGUUCGCCGCGGAGUGGCGAGACGACACCCGAGCUGGCCGUCAGCGUCAAUCGCCAGCCAUCGGUGGCCGCCUCAGGGCUGCUCACCGUACCCAGCUUCAGCACGUUGCAAUCGCUGCGGAAGAGCAUCGCCGAGAAUGGCAACACAUGUCCGCUCACGCAGAAGCAUCUGGUGCAGCUUGACUGGGUGUCCAAGGAGGAUGGCUCUCACAUCCUCACAGUGGCCGUUGGCAGCAAAAUAUUGCUCUAUACGCCCGUCAGCUCGGACAUUGCCCAGGCGAACAUCAAGGCCAUGAAGGAGUCGCGUUCCGUGAAUCGUCCCAUACUGCGCAAGGCAUCCUCGCUGGCACAGCCCAAUUUCGUGGAUGAGAUUCGAUGGAUGAAGCUGCGACAGAUUGAUCUGCAGACAGCGGACGGUUUGCCGCCGCUGCCCAUGCAGAUAUCGUGGGUGCGCGACGGCAUACUGGUCGUGGCCAUGGACUCCGAAAUGCACGUCUACUCGCAGUGGAAGCCGCACUACACCUCCCACAUGCUGGGCAACGCGAAUGGUGGCAGUGAGGAUGUGCCCGAUACGCGCAAUCUGCGCGACGAGGAUCUGCGCAGCUUGGCCAACGAAUCGACGCAGCUGCGGCUGAAGAAUGUCGCCUCCAUGCCGCUGAUUAGCAAAGUGAGCACCGCCAACUUGCAGCUGCUGUCGCACGACAAGAAGCGGCGACUGGCCAACACCAGUAUGGCUAAUGUGAAUGGCGGAGGCGGAGGAGGAGGAGGAGGAGCGGCAGCCACUACCGUGGGCAGUGCACCCAACGAUGGGGAUACGGGCAGCGAUGAUUACAUGACAGACUUUGGUCUGUUUCAGGCCUCGCGCAUUGCCUGUCCCGUGCUGCCGCAAUAUCAUCCCAAGCAGCUGAUGGAGCUGCUCAACUGCGGCAAGAUACGCUGGGUCAAGGCCAUACUGGCCCAUCUGGUGCGCUGCAUGAGUGGCGGUGCGAACGGCGCCUCGAAUGGCGUCACCCAGGACGAGGACGGCUAUGCCCGACAGCGCAGCUGGUCGCGUUCUCGCACGCUGAGCAUCAGCUACAAUGCGGCGGACAGCAACAACAUUCAGGCGGAGCAUCGCGGCAGCACCACACAGAUACCGGAGGAGCUGAUGCUCGAUUAUGCGGAGAUCAAUUCGAUUCCGCCGCUGCCGCUGUGGGUGCUGCUCAAUGCGGACCGAGAGACGCCGGGCUGCCAGGGCGGCGCCAAUUCCGGGGAGAACGACAAGGACUAUGAUGAGCUCUUCGACAUGCACAACUCGGAGGAUAAUCUCGACGAGCUGCUGUCGGAGGGGGAGCAGGGCAAGCGGCACGAGCGACGUCUCUCGCUGCCCGAGAAGCAAUCCAUUUCGCACUUUGGCCCACGCCAGGGGCAGCUCCUGUCGCGCCUGCUCACACACACGCAUCUGCCGGGCCUGUCGUCGCUGGAUCAGAUGCAUCUGCUGGCCCUCGCCGACACGGUGGCCACCUGCAACACGGACUUCUCGGACAAGUUUGCCGCCGACAUGGGCAAGAAUGCCAGCACCAGUGGUGUGCCCAAGGAGGGUGCCACAGCCACAGCCACAGAGUCUCUGGAUGAUUGCGGUUUACGCUUUCUGCUGGCCAUGAAGCAUUUCACGUAUCUGCUGCGCUGCCUGCCACUGCAGCAGCGUGCCCAGUUCCAGCGGCAGGGCGUGGGCACCUCGAACAUUGUGUGGGCCUACCACUCGGAGAGCGAGGAGGAGCUGCUGAACCUGAUACCCAGCUACACGAAGGGCGAUCUGCGCUGGGCCACGCUGCGCGAUCUGGGCAUGGGCUACUGGCUGAAGAACAUCAACACGCUGCGCCGCUGCGUGGAGCGGCUGGCCAAGUGCGCGUACCAGCAGAAGCAGGAUCCCCUCGAUGCGGCCAUCUACUAUCUGGCCAUGAAGAAGAAGUCCCUCGUUUGGGGUCUCUUCCGCUCGAUGCGGGACGAAAAGAUGACGGCAUUCUUUGGCAACAACUUCGCCGAGGAUCGCUGGCGCAAGGCCGCCCUCAAGAACGCCUUUGUGCUGCUGGGCAAGCAGCGGUUCGAGCAUGCUGUUGCCUUCUUUCUGCUGGCCAACUCCCUCAACGAUGCCAUCGAGGUGUGCAUGAACAAGCUGGAGGACUUCCAGCUGGCGCUCAUCAUUGCCCGGCUGUACGAGGGCGAUGCCGAGGGCUGCUACUACCACAAGCUGCUGCACGAGCAUGUCCUGGGCACCGACCCCGAGACGGGACGCUGCGACAUACCGCGCGCCCAUCCGGAUCCAUUCUUGCGCUCGAUGACCUACUGGACGCUCAAGAAGUACCAGGAGAGUCUCAACACACUGCUGCUGACGGGCGGCGUGGGCAGCCUGCACAGCAGCUACCGGGAGGAGGAUUUGCUGCGCCCCGAGCCGCAGGCCACCAACCCGAAUGUCUUUAACUUCUACAUCUAUCUGCGCACCCAUCCGCUGCUGAUACGCCAGAACAUUGCGCUGUCCGCGCAGGAGAAGCGCAUCGCCCAUGUGGUGCUGUCGGGCUUCAAUUACGAGACAGCUGGCUUGGGCGCUGGCACGGGUACGGGAACGGUCGGAGGUGCCGCCUGCGACAAGCAACUGCAGCUGGAGGAUUCCAUAACGCCCAUCGAGCGGCAAUUGUACUUCACCACAGCCCACGGGCACUUCAAGAGCGGCUGCCCGGCCCUCGCCCUCGAGGUGCUCAACAAGCUGCCGAUGAAAAUCAGCGAGGAUCCCUCAUCAUCGGGCAGCAGUGUGGCCGGCAGCCAGGUGGCGGCCACCACACAGCAAAUCAACAAGGAGGAGCUCAUCAAUUCCGGCAUCAUGGAUCAAUGGGGAGCGGCGGCCACAGCGGAUGCCUUCGAUUGGGGUGCACCGGCAGCUGGCAGCGAAACGGAAGCCAAAUUUGAGAUCAAAUGGGAUGACGAUGAAGAGGAUGCCGAUGCCGAUUCCGAUCCCAUAGAUGAUGAUAAUGAUCCCGAGAUGGCCACACCACAACCAACCACAGGUGCGGCUGCUGCUGCUGCUGCUGCUGCUGCUGCUGCUGCUGUGGGACGCUCCUCAGGGGAUGGCCACAAAAUGGAUAUAAUGGCGCAGCAGCUGAAGUUUGUGGCCUGCCUGAAGAUCCUCAUGGAGGAGCUGUCAACGCUGGCCACCGGCUUCGAGGUGGAUGGCGGGCAGCUGCGCUAUCAGCUGUACAUGUGGCUGGAGCGCGAGGUGGAGGCACUCAAGCAGCUGUGCAAUUACUGCAGCUCCGAGCAGCAGCAGGCCAACGAUGGCGGCGGCGAUGCGGAUGCCAAGGAUGACAAGGAAAUGAAUGCCAGCAUUUGCCCGAGCACGGAGCGACCCACACUCCACGAGAUCCUCAUGCAGGACAAGCAGGACUUUGAGGCGAAAGUGCUGCGUGCGGCCAAGCGCAAGCGCUGGCUCAAGGCCAACGAGACGCUGCUGCGCACCCUACUCAGCUAUUGCUCGCUGCACGGCGCCAGCGGCGGUGGCCUCGCCUCGGUGCGCAUGGAGCUGGUGCUGCUGCUGCAGGAGUUGCAGCAGGAGAAGACCCAACAGCAGCUGCUCAGUCCGCUGCCCUUCCCCACCACCCUGCCGCUGCUGAGCGCCUGUGUGGCCGGCAACAAGACGGUGAUUGCCGAUCCCAUUAAGUACUUGCAAUCGCAAACGGUGGACAUGCUGCAGAGCAUCAUCAAGGUGCUGCCGUUCCCGGGCAUCGAGACGAGCGCCCUCAGUGAGAUCUUUGUGCUGCGCGACCUCGCGGUGGCCCUCUCCUCGUGCAUCUACCAAUCGCUCUGCGACUCGGAGAGUUUUGUGGUCAACAAUUCGGCGUUCAACGGCUACCCCAGUCCCGGCAUGGAGAACAUUGCCAAGAUCAAUUCCUCCUUCGAGUGCUCGUACUUGGUGGGCAGUCGGAAUGCCUACGGACGGAGGCGCAAGUACUCGACGGAUGAGCCGGCGGGCAUUUGCACAACGCCAUCCAAGUGGCCGGGCGUCACUAACUUACGCGCCCUGUUGGCCCGCGAGAAGGAUGAGGAUGUGCCCAAGCUAAAUGUCCUGCUGCUCGAGUCAUUUGUGUCCACAUACAUGGCGCUGUUCAUCUACUCGCUGUCCACCUGCGACAGCCGUCUGCUGUACCGACUGAGCGGUCAGAGCUUUAACAAUGAUACCUGGUCCACGCUCUUUGGGGGCGGCAUGAAGAAGCUGCUGAUUAAGCCCGCUUCGGCCCAGUCCCAGAGCCAACCAGCAGCAGCAGCAGCAGCAGCAGCAGGAGGAGGAGGAGGAGCAGGUUCCACUUCGGAUGAUCCCACAGCUGAUGAGAAUAGCGUGUGGAAUACGGUCACCUCCAUAACGAAGCAGCGCAUGAAGCUAAACAUGAAGAUAUUGGGCAGCUUCAGCCAGAACAGCACCUCGAACAACAUGAAGGAGGAUAAGCCCACAUACCGUGAGCAAUUUAUGCCACCAGAGACCUCGAUGCUCUCAUACUUCCUCACCAAGCCCCCACCCGGCACAACAGAAUGCGAUGAUUACGACACGGAUGAUUCGCACGAGUCGGAGAACGAGGAGGAGGAGGAGGACGAUGAUGAUGUGAAUGUGAGUCGCACUCAGUUGAAGGCCAAAGAUAAUACGGAGCACACAAAUCCCACAUCGUACUCAUGGAGCAUUCUACGUUUGGCGCUCAUCAAGAUCAGCACCCACAAGAUCCAGGAGCUGGUCAAGGUGGCAGGCAUCGAGCUGCAGGAUCUUCCUGUCAUCAGUCCAUUGUCGCACGAGGUGCUGCGCACCCUCAAUCGUUGGCAGGAGUUUGCAUUGAGUGACCUGAUUGCCCGAGGGCCACCCACAAGGCAGUAUAUACCCGGCUGCUAUGCAGAGAGCGGCAUCAAUGGCCUGGCCAUUCACAAGUAUCGUUCGCUGUUGAACAAGGACAACACACCGUUUGUGUCGGGCUCAUCGGCGGGACCCAUACGCAGGCUGUGGAACUAUCUGGUGCGCCAGGAGCCCGCCCAGGAGGUGUUCAUUAAGAGCAUCUUUGGCAAGAAUAUGGAUGGACAUCAUCAUCAUCACACGCGCGGCUCCCAGCACGACAAUGAAACGGAUGAAGGUCAAUCGCAUUCAACCAGCGAGAAUACGGAUCACAUACGCAUCAUACACAAGGAUCACGAAUCGAUAUUGUCCUUCUGCUUGAAGAACAACAGCUCCUCGAUGAUCGCCUUCUCCAAUCCGCGUGAGAUCCAGGAGUUUGACAUCUCGCUGCUGCUGGAGUCACCCAAUUGGUAUGAGGAUGAAUGCGACUAUGACAUGAUGAAUCUGUCCAAGGAUGCGGAUACCAAUAGUUCCGCCUUCCUCAUAAUACAAUCGCAAGAACAGAAUCAAUUUGGUGGCAGCAAUAAUCCAAAUGAAAGCAAUUCCAGCACACAGAGCGCCUCGCAGUCGGGACGCGGCACAUCCAUGGUGCAGCGCCACAAGGUGGACAAUGUAAAGCGUAUGAGUGCACAUCCAUUGAUGCCGCUGUAUCUAACUGGCGGACAGGAUGGCUCUGUGCAGAUUUGGGAAUGGGGACACCAGCAGCCAGUCUGCUCACCGCGUCCCUCUGGCACAUUUGCAAAGGUCACACGCUGUCGCUUCUCCGAGCAGGGCAACAAGUUCGGCAUCGGUGAUGGUGAUGGCAACCUGAGCCUCUGGCAGGCGGGCAUUGCCUCACAGAACAAUCGUUCGUUUAUUAGCUAUCAGUGCCACAAUAAGACGCUUUCAGAUUUUGUAUUCCUUGGUUCUUGCAGUCUACUGGCCAGCGCUGGUCAAAGUUCCGAGAAUAAAAACAUCAACAUUUGGGACACUUUGCUGCCGCACAAAAAGUCCUGUGUGUCAGCAUUCACCUGCCACGAUCAGGGCUCGUCCUGUUUGGUCUUUGCACCACAACAUCAAGUGCUCAUCUCGUGCGGCAAGCGCGGCGAUGUCUGCGUCUUUGAUGUAAGGCAACGCACGCUGCGACAUCGCUAUCAGGCACACGACAGCACCAUCAAGUGCAUUGCUUUGGAUCCACAUGAGGAGUUCUUUGUCACCGGCUCCAUUGAGGGUGACAUUAAGAUUUGGGACAUGAAUCAGUUUAUGCUGAUCAAUACGUUCCCCCAUGAGCAUGCCAAGAAUGGUUUCUUUAAGCAUACCGGCCAGGGUGUCAGUCAGGUGACUGUCGAUCCAUUUGGCAGACUCUUUUCGUGCGGCUCCGAUGGCUGCAUGAAGGUUCGCCUGCUGGUCGAAAAGGAUAACAUUGUGCACUCGGUGUAUUGAGCAACAACAAAACAAACAAAACAAAAAACAAAAAACUACA